UACGAGAAGGUCCAGAUGCUGUUGAGUGACCGAUUCCUUGGCUUUUACAUGAUACCUGAUAAUGGUCCAUGGAAUUACAACUUCAUGGGAGUGAAGCACACUGUUAGCAUGAAGUACGGGGUGAAGUUAGGUACACCUCGGGAGUACUACAAUGAGGAUCACCGACCAACACAUUUCCUGGAAUUCAGCAAUAUGGAGGAAGGUGAUACUGCUGAGGCAGAUCGGGAAGAUACAUUUACAUAAUACAUUGCCAUUCAAAUAUAUGUUGGUAAGAUUACCCUCAGGUCUUUGGGAAGUCAAAUCAAGUGGUGACUUUGUUGUGGUAUGUCUCAGCUAUAGUCCAUAGUGUAGUGGCUGAUGAUAUUAGAUGGAACCUACAAGUUGUAAAUAUAUGAAAUGAAUUUGUAGCUUGAUGCCGCUGUAUACUUUUUAUCGAAGGGCGGAUGUCGCGGUUCGAAUUUGUGGUUUAGCAUUUAGCUCGCACCUUUUAGAUGCGGCAAAACAACAGAUGUUUGUACACUAAGAGAAAGCAAAUCGUGUUUUUGGUGUUUUGAUUUU